AUGCACACGCUGCUCGCCUCCCUCGGCAGGAUGAAGUGGACCCGCUCCAAGGAGCUGAGCGCCCCAGAGCGCAGCGGCAUCCCCAUCACCUUCCCGACCAGCCACCUGGAGUCCUGGCAGCAGCGCGGCCGGCGCCGGCGCUACCUUCGCCUCCUGAUGGCCAAGAGCGCGCUCUUCUUCCUCAUCAACUCGGUGACGCUGCCGCAGACGUGGCCCUACCUGCAGUCGGCGCAGCCGGGCGCGCGCAAGACGGCCGCGGCGCUGAUCGUCUCUGCCACGCCGCUGGUGCGGGCCUUCAGCGCCCCACUGGCCGGCUGGAUGACCCGGCGCGUGUCAUUCCGCUGGGUGGCACUGGUCUGUGACCUGCUGACCUGCGCCGGAGGUCUGCUCUGGAGCGCCGCCUACUCCGCCCCGCUGCCGGCUGCCUGGUGGCUGCUGGCGGCUCGCGCCGUGAUGGGACUCUGCGGGGGACAGCUGGAGCUGCUGAUGACCUACGUGGCACACGGAACCUCCUCAGAGGAGAGAGUCCUGGCCACGGCGCAGGCCGGCGGCACGAUCGGCAUCGGCACUCUGCUGGGCCCCGGUGUCGUGGCGCUGAUGUCGUACAUCGGCACCGAGGGGCUCAGCGCUGCCGGCAUGCGCUUCAACCAGUUCACUGUGAGCUCGCUGUUCCUCACGGCGCUCUUCACCGCGGUGACCGUGGCGUCCUGCUGUCUCUUCACAGACUCCGACAUAGCUGCCGAGGAGAGUCGCAUGCUGGCGCUCUCUCACCAGCGCUAUCGAGCCCAGUGGUUCGGCCUGUUCGUCUGCCUGCUCGCCUCCGCGCACAGUUUCGGCGCGAUGAGGCUGCACGAGUCGCUCCUCGUACCGAUGAUGAUGGAGCUUUACGGAUGGGAGGAGACACGCGCCCUGCGGGACGCCGGUCUGGUGCUCCUCCUGGCCAGUGUCGUGGCCAUGGCCAUCAACAGCCUCUCGGCACGCGCGUCUCAGAAGCACGGCGAGCGUCCCGUGCUGAUCGGCGCCCUACUGGGGGCUCUGAUCAGCAGUGUGCUGGGGCUGCCGCUCGAGGAGCUGGCCCUCUCGCAGCGCGCGCCCGGCGCCGGCCGGCGCAGCCUCACGCUCUGGCCGGAGCUGCUCUCGGCGAGCGGUAACUCCUCGGCGCGCUGUCCCGGCUACCAGAGCUGGUGUCCGUCGGCGGCGAGGCUGCCGUUCAGCCAGCUGGUGGCCUGCGUCAUCCUGACGGCGGCCAGCGCGGCGGUGCUGUUCACCAGCGCGGGUGCCACCUUCUCGCGCCUGCUGCCCGCCUCCGGCCAGGGCCCCUACUGGGGUCUGAUGGGCGCCUGUGCCAACGUCGGCCGGUCGGUGUACCCCGUGGCCUUCACGGCCGUGUACUCGCAGCUAGGGCCGCAGAUGACCUACCUGGGCCUGACGGGCGUGGUGUCCGUGCUGCUGCUAAUGGCGGCGCUCUCCUACAACCAGCUGGUGCCCCCUGUCGUACCACCAGUCACCCACGACAACAAUAACUGCGACCCCAGCGUGCAGUGGUACAAACAGGUCUACAGCCAGACCCUGUCGACCAUCAUGGAGGACCUGGCGAGUGACCUGAAGCAGGCAGAAGGCGCCCAGCGGAGGCGGGGCGAGCUCUCGGAGAUCCUCGGCCACGGUCUGACCAACCUCGGCAAAACUGCGCGCGGCGGCGGCCGCGAAGGCCAGGACGAUACGGCCGAGAAAACGGCGGUGACCGUACAGUGA